AAUCCCCCAGUCCCCGCGUUGCUCGCGUUUGUUAACAAGUCUCGCAGUCUCUCUUUCGUAGUGCGUUGGCUGCGUCUUCCAAUGGCCCUCGGUCUUUCAUUGCUGCAAGAUGUAUGUUCUUAUCCCGUCAUCGUUUUUUUUUCCGGCGCAGUUCUGACUCGCAUUGCAGCCAUGGCCACUGUUCAGUCGGAUAUCUUCAAACCUACAAAGUAUCGUAGGACUUCUAAAUCACCUAGGAUACCGUACGAAUAUGAGCUCACUGAGGUAGCUGAAUCUGUCAAGACCAUCUUCAAGGCGGACAAUGUGCCCAUUGAGUGGGAACAAGUCGACGUCAGCGGAGUUGAUACUGGAAACAAGCACUCCGAGGAGUUGUUCAGAGAAUCAAUUGCAUCCCUUAGGCGCAAUAAACUGGGUCUGAAGGGCAUUUUGCACACUCCAAUCGAGCGCUCGGGUCAUCAGUCUUUCAAUGUUGCUCUACGCCAAGAGCUUGACAUCUAUGCGUCGGUGGUGCUCAUCAAGAACAUUCCUGGAUACAAGACUCGACAUGAAAACGUCGAUCUUUGCAUCAUUCGUGAAAAUACCGAGGGAGAGUAUUCAGGCCUGGAACACCAGUCCGUGCAAGGUGUUGUGGAGUCACUCAAGAUUAUCACCCGUGCGAAAUCUGAGCGCAUUGCCAAAUUCGCUUUCAGUUUCGCAUUGGCAAACAACAGGAAGAAGGUAACCUGUAUUCACAAGGCCAAUAUCAUGAAACUCGCAGAUGGACUCUUCCGCAGCACCUUCCACAAGGUUGCGGAGAAUUACCCAACGCUGGAAACGAAUGACAUGAUCGUGGAUAACGCCUCCAUGCAAGCUGUGUCACGCCCUCAGCAAUUCGACGUGAUGGUUAUGCCCAACCUGUAUGGAGGUAUCCUUUCCAACAUUGGGGCUGCUCUGGUCGGUGGUCCUGGCAUCGUUCCCGGCUGCAACAUGGGCCGGGAUGUCGCAGUGUUUGAACCGGGUUGCCGUCAUGUUGGCCUCGAUAUCAAGGGUAAAGAUCAGGCUAACCCUACUGCUCUUAUCCUUUCUGGUUCCAUGCUCCUCCGGCAUCUCGGCCUCGACGAUCACGCGAACAGGAUUUCCAAGGCCGUCUAUGAUGUGAUUGGUGAAGGGUAA